AUGUUUUUACUCUUAAUUUAUAAAAUCGUACAAUGGUUUUUGGUGAUAUUACUUUGUAACAAUGAUUUGAUUCAAAAUAUUACUACUGCUGUAACUGUUAUUGUUGAACCAAGAAAUGUGUUGCAAGCUGCAAAGACAGAAGUUUUUGUGAACUGCACUACUAGCCCUGUUGAAGAUGCACAAAUAAUUUGGAAUAAAGGCGAAGAAAAUAUACCAAGUUAUUCUGAAGGUACUAAAGAUGAAGUGUAUGUGUUGCCUAACAAUACUUUGUACUUAAAGUCUCUCAAAAAAAAAGAGGCAGGUACAUAUACAUGUAAUGCAUUUCUCACGCUAGAAAAAUUGUUUCAAACAGUUGUCAUUGAAGUUGCUUUUUUACAAAAGUUAAAUUCAAUCGAUCCUGUUAAAGUUCUUCAAGGAUAUGUUGCUGAAAUUGUUUGUGAAGAGCCAGUGGGCAAGCCUCAACCUAAAGUAAAAUGGCUUUAUAAUGGAGCAACAAUAUCGCCUGAUAACCCUAACAUUGAUAGUAGUAGUUGGACUUUAAGAAUAAAAAAGACCAUGCUCUCAGAUGCUGGUAAUUAUACAUGUGUUGCAUUUAAUUCGGUAGCUGAGCGUACAGCUGAAGCAAAAUUAACUGUUGUUGUUGUAGGAGAUGUUGAUGUUUCACCAAUAAGCGAUAGUAUUAAAGAAGGAGAAUCAGCUACGUUUAAAUGUGAAUCAAAAUCUGAUCCUCCUCUUAAUGUUAAAUGGAAACGUGACAUUGAGACUUGCUCAACAACAGAUAAUUCACAAUCUGUUUGCAAAGUUACUAAAGAAGAUGUUAUCCCUAAUGAUCGAGUUAUUAUCUCUGGUGGUACACUCUCUAUAAAGAAUGCUUCUGUUAAAGAUGAAGGCAUUUAUUUAUGCGAAACAGAAUUAAGUACUCAAAUCAGCUCUGCUAAAGUUCAGUUGAAUGUUUUUGAGCUAAUGAAAGUGGACAAGAGCUUGCAUAAUGAAAUCCAAACUUGCGACAGACUGCGACAAAAUAAUACAAAGAUAACAUGUCAUUUUAGAGGUGAUGGCAAGUACAGUAUUCAAUGGACUCGCUUAUCACCAAAUGCAAUUUUAAAUAGCAAUAUGAAAGUUGUUAAUGAUUCCAUUUAUAUUUCUGAUCUUAAGUUUGAAGAUAUGGGGCAAUUUAAAUGUGAAGCUGUGGGUGAAUAUAAUAAUGCUACUGCCUAUGUGAAUUUCAUCGUUUAUGAACAUCCACAAUUCAUAAUUUCUCCGAAGAAUAUAACAGCAUACAUAGGUGAACCAGCUUGGGUACAUUGUCAAGGUAAAGGGUUUCCCAAACCACGAGUUUAUAUUUUGAGAGGCAAGAAAGAUGGUGGCAACUUAAACAAUUCUUAUUUUGUUCAGCUUCCAAAUGAUACUUUUUAUAUAAAAUCAUUAAAGAAAGAAUACAGCGGAGAGUAUUUCUGUUGGCUUAUUGAACAGUAUGGGUCUAUAAGUGAUACUUUUUCUAUAACUGUGUUAGAAAAAGAAGUAAAUACUGGCAAGGGAAGUCCCAUGGGGAGAACAGUUGGUAUAGCAGUUGGGUGUGCAGGUGUCUAUAUUCUGCUUGUUAUCGGUUUAAUGAUAUAUUGCAGAGCAAGAAGAGCUCGUUUGUUCAAGAAAGGAAAGCUUGUUGAAGUUGAUGGUGAACCAUUAGCUGAAGAUCAUUUAUUAGGUGCAAGUGACAUUCCAUUGGUAUCAAUUGAAAAAUUAAUUUUCAAUUAUGAGAAUCUCCAAGAGAUUAUGGUUCUUGGCUAUGGGAAGUUUGGCAAAGUUUUUAAAGCAUAUGCUAAAGGUAUAUGUGAAGAAGGAACAGAUACUUUGGUGGCAGUCAAAGUUUUUGAAGAAACACCUGUUAAUAAUGUUCUUUCUGCGUUUAAUAAAGAAACUGAAGAUCUUAUGCAAUUUCAGAACAGUUAUGUUGUUCGUUUACUUGGGUUGGUUCGUGAGUCACCUUUUUGUAUAAUCACAGAGUACUCUGAACUGGGUGACUUAAAAGAAUAUUUACAAACAAACAAAAAUAUAUCUUCGUCGGCUCGUUUACAUAUGUGUACUUGUAUUGCAAAAGGUAUGAGUUAUUUAGCGACAUUGCAUUAUGUUCACCGGGACCUAGCAGCUAGAAACUGUAUUUUAUUUUCACAAAAUGAAGUGAAGGUAUCAUUUCUGAGUCUGUGUAAUACAACUUACAAAGACGAUUAUUAUCUUUUAAACAAUUUGCUUGCUCCUGUAAGGUGGCUUGCACCCGAAUCUAUUAGAGAGAAUAUCUAUAAUGAAAAGACAGACGUUUGGAGCUUUUCAGUAACUAUGUGGGAAAUAUUUUCUAGUGAAGUACAACCUUUUCAUGGUGUUUCAAAUGAGGAGGUAGUCAACAGGAUAGGAAAAGAUUUACAGUUAACUAUUCCAAGUAAUUGCCCAAAAACCUUGUAUAAAAUCAUGACUCAGUGUUGGCUUGUUAAUGCCUUUGAUCGACCAACCUUUGAUGAACUACUGUCUCUUAUGGCUGAAAUAAGUCAUUAA